GAGAGAGAGAGCAGAGAGAGAGGCUUAGCGACACACCAAAAAAGGGCUGGAGCUGGAGGUUCUGCUUGCUGGAGAAACACACAGACAGACGGACUGAAGGACUGGGCUUCAGGAAUCAUGGAGCAGGGCUGUGGAUGAGCAGGAUCUCCACCAUGUCCAUGGGCCCCGGGCCCCCAGGGGCCACUCAUGUGAACGAGCCGGACCAGAGCACGGCGGGUCACACCAAGGGCCCCGUGGGCCUGCAGACGCUGCUGGAUCUGCUGGUGGGAGUUUAUCAGGAGUUCAGCUCGGCCGCUCUGCUCAGAGAGAAAUAUGUGCAGCGCUUUCUGCAGUGGGCAGAGCCUCUGGUCAGACAGGUGAAGAAGACUCGGAUAAGCAAGGAUGACUUUGACAUCUUAAAGGUGAUCGGCCGAGGAACCUUCAGCGAGGUGGCUCUGGCCCGCAUGCGUAACACACAGCAGGUUUACGCGCUGAAGAUCAUGAACAAGUGGAACAUACUGAAGCGUGGAGAGACGGCGUGUUAUCAGGAGGAGCAGGAGGUUCUGCUGAAAGGAGACCGGCGCUGGAUCACUGAACUACAUUACGCUUUCCAGGACGACAAUUACCUCUAUCUGGUCAUGGAUUACUAUGUCGGUGGAGAUCUGCUGACGUUGCUGAGUAAGUUUGGUGAUCGUAUCCCGGAGGACAUGGCUCAGUUCUACCUGGCUGAGAUGGUGAUGGCCAUCGAUUCAGUCCACAGACUCGGUUAUGUGCACAGAGACAUUAAGCCUGACAACAUUCUCCUGACGGCGGAUGGUCAUGUACGAUUGGGUGAUUUUGGCUCCUGUCUGCAUCUGCAGGAUGACGGACUGAUCCACUCGUCGUUGGCCGUCGGGACUCCAGACUAUCUGUCUCCAGAGAUCCUGCGGGCGGUGGAGGGCGGCGGAGGCUACGGCUCUGAGUGCGAUUGGUGGGCUCUGGGCGUCUGCGCGUACGAGAUGCUGCUGGGAACCACACCCUUCUACGCCGAGUCCAUCUCUGAGACAUAUGCCAAAAUAAUACACUUCAAGGAUUAUUUUGAGUUUCCUCCGGGGUCUGAGGUGUCCGAGGAGGCGAGGUCACUCAUCAGCGCUCUGAUCUGCGACAGGAGCGUGAGGUUGGGCUCACGGGGCUCCGUGGACUUCAGAAAACACCCGUUCUUCACGGGUUUGGACUGGAGUUCCCUUCAUCUCCUCCCUCCUCCGUACUGUCCUGACGUCUCCGACGCCACAGACACCUCCAACUUCGACGUGCUAGAUGACUGUCUGAGCAACACGGAAAGCCUGAGUGGCGUGAUGGAGCGAGCGCCGGUUGGGCUUCAUCUGGCGUUUGUAGGCUACUCUUACACAGCCACCAGAGGUGGACGAGAUUAUUUUGAGUUUCCUCCGGGGUCUGAGGUGUCCGAGGAGGCGAGGUCACUCAUCAGCGCUCUGAUCUGCGACAGGAGCGUGAGGUUGGGCUCACGGGGCUCCGUGGACUUCAGAAAACACCCGUUCUUCACGGGUUUGGACUGGAGUUCCCUUCAUCUCCUCCCUCCUCCGUACCGUCCUGACGUCUCCGACGCCACAGACACCUCCAACUUCGACGUGCUAGACGACUGUCUGAGCAACACGGAAAGCCUGAGUGGCGUGAUGGAGCGAGCGCCGGUUGGGCUUCAUCUGGCGUUUGUAGGCUACUCUUACACAGCCACCAGAGAGACGGGAGCACUGGACCGCAGCAGAGACAUCAUGAUGGAGAUCAACCAGCAGCAGGAUAGAGAUCUGCUCCACCUGCAGGGAAAACUGAAUCAGGUGUGGCGGCUCAGAGAAUCCAUCACCGCUGAGCUGAUGUCACUUCCUGCUGAGCAGAACAAACCCCAGCCAAUCAGCAGCAGCGCAGAGACGGAGCAAAGCGACGCACACACUUACGAGCUACAGAGGCGUGUGCACAAAGCCGAGCGCAGGAACAGAGAGCUCGAGCAGGAGAUGGCCGGACUGAGAGAGGAGAUCCUCAGACUGACCGCCGGCAGGGACCAAGUCACAGAGCUGUGUGUGUGUCGGCCGCUGCGCUGUCUGGACUCCGUGUGGGACAGCUCAGCGACGCCCCCUGCCUGCCAUUACCCACUCGUGACGCCGCUGCACCGCCACCUGCUGCUCUUCAACAGGGUGUGGAUGCCGCAGGUGAGGAGUGAGUCGUAUCUGCUGGUUUGUGCCGAGGGGACUGAGCUGCAGCUGUGGGAGCGACACUGCAGCGCUGAUCUUUGCUGAAGAACACUAGAUAGUCAACAGCAGACGCUUCAGUGAAGCUGUGUGGACUGUGAUCUACUCUAUUGUGCAGUAGUCUGAUCUCUUCUUCUCUGUUCUUCAGUUCCAGUCUAUAAAGCCUUUUCAGCAUCGUGGCCACAUGAUUGAGUGAAUGAUUUGAAUCACUCAAGUUUCCUGCUUUAAUAAAUUAUCGCGGCCAUGAUUCUGAUUCACUAGUCACGUUUACAACCGGUUCAGCUCCAUAUUCUGAUUGCACUCAUAUUCUGAAUAUGAUGUUUAUAUGCACAGAUAUGGUUGUUUUAGGUCUGCUGAUCUACACGUGUUUUUUUUUUUUCUUGCUGUUUCUCAAAAGAUUUCCCUAGAGAGUCCAGAUGCUGCCAUUGGUUAUGCAGUAUGUGCUCAGCUAUUUAAUUAGAAUUUGAUCUAAUCAGUUUUCCUAAUUAGUCAUUUGAUUAGAAACCCUUCAGAAAUGGCCAAAAACUCUGACUGCAACUGGAAAGAACUCGGCAAAU